AUGCCUGCACUAGUGACGGAUUCGAGCUCUAAGAAGCGCAAGAGCGGCAAAACUGCCAGCGCUCCGUCCUCGAAGCGACGCGCUGUGGCCGAGGACAAGUUCGCCGAGACGCUGUCUACUAUUCAAGAACUGGAGAAUCAAAUUGCGGAGUCGCGAAAGGGUUACAACAAUAUUGUGACCUUGCUGUCGAUGCUCAAUGUCGAAAAGUCAGCCGAACAGCCCGAGAUGGCUGUGGCCGUGUCUCUGUGCCGUGUUUUCAGUCGAUUGAUCGCCGGAGGAAAUUUGACCGAGUCAAGCCGGGCCGCCGAGAACGAGAAGAUUGUUGUAGCAUGGUUGAAGGAGCGCUGCAUUGAUUAUCAGAAUGCUCUGGUCGCUAUCAUGCGCGAGGCAGAUGCUUCCUCUCAGAUCGCGGCUCUCACACUUAGCAUGCGCAUCGUCAAAGAGCGCCUCGCUCAUCUUCCCGGUGCCGAGAACAACGUCUGGUCGACUGGUUUCUUCAAAGAUAUCUUCGCCGCUAUCGUCGAGGCCCAGAACGGUCAGGACCUGCAGUCUGAAGCCGUCACCAAGUUUGUGAAGGAGUAUGAGGACGUGAGAUAUUACACUUUUGCGCAGAUUGUUGACUAUGCCUCCACGAGCCGAUCCCCCGAGACCCUUGAAAUCCUGAUUAAGAUUCUUCAAACAUGCGAUCAAGUACCCGGAGCGGAACACAAGUUUGAGAAUUUCUAUGCGAAACGAGACACGAAAAACAAGCGUUUGGGUUCGGCAAACGCUCACAAAAAGCAGGCACAGGAGGCGUGGCUAGCCAUUUUACGGAACAACCUCUCGCAAUCACAGCGGAAGAGCUUGUUGCGCAUGAUGGUGCACAAUAUCGAGCCGUGGUUCAACCGCCCGGAGUUGCUGAUGGACUUCUUGACGGACUCAUACAAUGUCGGUGGUGCAACAUCUCUCCUCGCACUCUCAGGUCUCUUCUACCUCAUCCAGGAGAAGAACCUGGACUACCCUCAAUUCUACGCAAAGCUUUACUCCCUCCUGGACGCCGAGUUGCUGCACUCAAAGCACCGGUCACGAUUCUUCCGACUCUUGAACACCUUCUUGUCCUCAACCCAUCUUCCGGCCACCCUGGUCGCCAGCUUCAUCAAGCGUCUGGCUCGUCUUGCACUGAACGCCCCUCCCUCCGCCAUUGUGGUCAUUGUUCCCUUCAUGUACAACUUCUUCAAAAGCCAUCCCACAACUACAUUCAUGCUGCACCGAUCAAUUCGCGAUAAGGAACUCCUUGCUGAGGUGGAAGAGCAAGGCAUGGACGAUCCCUUCGACCCUAACGAGACUGACCCCAACCUGACCGACGCGAUCGAGAGCAGUCUUUGGGAGAUUGAGACUCUCCAGUCUCACUACCAUCCCAAUGUUGCAGCCAUUGCACGGAUCAUCUCGGAGCAAUUCACAAAGCAAGCAUACAAUUUGGAGGACUUCCUUGAUCACACAUAUGCGGGCAUGGUGACUGCAGAUCUUGGCGAGGAAGAGAGAAAUCUGAAGAAGAUCCCAGUUGUCGAGUACCAGAUCCCCAAACGUAUCUUCACAGAUCGUCUAUUAGAGGAAGAUGGUGGCGUGGAUUCUGGUUCAGGGUGUUUCAUGCGGGGUCUGUGGGAGUUCUGA